AGUGUAUCGGAAGUGAAAAUAUGGCGACUCCUGAUCAGGAGAGCGAACUUGAGAAGGAUAACUUUCAAUCAGACAAUAUGUGUAAUGAGGAACUAGAACAAAUACUAUGGUACCAUCCAAAUAUGACAAGGCAUGUGGCAGAGGGAUUGUUGAUGGCAAAUGGCAAUGAUGGUACCUACCUUCUCAGACCCAGCAAAAAAGGACAACUUUCAUUGUCAGUUAGAUGCGCAAACUCUGUGAAACAUUUCCAAAUUGGUUGGGAUGGCAAGAAAUAUACAUUUGGAAUGGGAAAAUUUGAUUGUCUCAAGGAGUUUGUUGACCAUUUUGAGAACAAACCAUUAAUUGGUGGUGAUUCAGGGAUUCUAACUUUAUUGAAAUAUCCUUAUCCACGGGAUGUGGAGGAACCGGAGAAAUAUGAAACCGUCCGGGUGCAUGCUGAGUGGGGGAAAGAUCGAGAUCAGAGUGUUCGUGAUAAAGGCAACCGUGCUAUUGCGACACGUGAGGGUUAUCUCACCAAGCAAGGUGGACGUGUUAAGAACUGGAAAACAAGAUGGUUUGCUGUUAAUGGAAAUGAUCUAAAAUAUUAUAAAGUGAAAGGUGAUGAUUUACCAUUACGGACACUGGAUUUAACAAAAUGCGAGGAGAUUGGAGAAGAUGACACGCAAGGAAAAGCUAAUUGCUUCAAGAUUGUUAUGCCAUAUAGAACAUUUUACUGUUUUGCAAGUUCACGACAGGAAGCUGAUGAGUGGGUGAAAUUAUUACGUUGGAAAAUGGAUUCAGGAGGCCAGAACAACAAACAUUGACAUUCAAGGUUGAAAUUUUCCGGUAGAGUAGAUUUACUAAAUUAGUCAUAACAGAUGCCGCCUAUAUAUAUACAAAUCUAUAGUGAACAACGCAGUGCUCUUAUAUUUAAAGAACCUAUCAUUUGAUGAAUUACUGCUAGGGAGAAUCAGCCUUUAUUCAUCCAAAUACGCACAAUUUAAAUCAAUUGAAGGAAACUAAACAUAUAAGACGUACGUCAUAUAGAAUUAGAAAGUAAUAGGUUUAAUCAAGAAUAUGUUUUUCUAUGUACAGAAUGUUUUGAUGCCCUUUUACAUACUUAGUGCUUUUUCCAAAAAGCAAUUGCUCAAUUUAAGCGCAAGUUCCAUGAAAAAUUACACUAUGUAAUAUGUAAAAGAGUAUUUGUUCCUUCAAACAACCACUGCCAGAACUGUAUUUUUUUCUUAACCAAUGGAAAGGAUGACCGAUGACAUUGCCCAACUGUUUGGGUGAUUUGUAAAAUGAAUGUACAAAUUAUUAUUAUAUAUUUUGGUGUAGGGUAUUAUUAAUAUUUGUAUACUUUUCAA